AUGCCUACCAAAAUGAUUGUUUCAAGCCAUAGCUCCCACAACGUGACACUUCGACGGACUCCGACAAGGAGCACCUUUGGUCCAACUCCUCUGUCGAAACAACACCUCCGACUCCCGUUUACUCCUGAUUCCCCGCUCCCCUCGCCCAGUUUACCCUCGAUAAUUCCCCGCCACGGGAAAAAACCGUCCCCGAGAUGGCCUAGGAGAGCCUGGCAAGUUUUCAGUUGGGUAAUCGGGGUAGUUCUUAUUAUUUGGUUUGGGUUUUCAUGGCAGCAAUCGGAGCGUCUCCCCCUUGCUCUCAGUCAUGUUCAUACCGAGGGUGAUCGCCUUGAAAUAGGCCCCAGCCCAGUGAUGGUGAUGGACCAACGAGGGCGAUCGCGAUGGACAAUUUCGAUACCACACAAUCUUGAGUUCCCCUUGCCUCCAUCCGCCUACAAUCGCCUCUGUUCGCAGGCAGCAGAGCUGUCGCACAAUGUGGAAAACAUUAAAAAUAACAAGCCCGCCUCUACUCCCCAUGCUGCACAUCAUGCGUAUUACUGGAAUGAUAAGAACUUCAUGGACAUCCCCGACGCAGAACGUAACGGGUUACUUCCUCACUCGCGCUAUCAUAAACUUUCUCAGAACGGGGUUGGUGUGGUCGGCGGCGGGGUAUACACGGAGAGUCCCGACGUGCCAGUUUGCGAGAAGUCCUUGACUUAUGUCAUGCAGACAGACGAUGCCGGGAUGGGCGCGACAUUAAUGGGUUUAUGGAUGAGUUAUGGCUUGGCUCAAUACGAAGGAAGGGCGUUCUUUGUCGAUGAUACCAAUUGGGCUUAUGGUCGAUACACGACAUAUUUUAAGCACCCACCAAUGCCCUCUUGUCGUCCUCCUCCGCAGCCACAACGAGUGCCUUGUCCACAUCAAGCCAAACACCUCCUCAUAUCUUCGGCCACCACAAGCUGGGCCUUUGGGCACGGCUUCAAUGAAAAAUUCGAAGACGGGCACGGGAGAGGAGUGCAGCGCCAGAAGAAAAUAUUCGGCUUCCUCCGCAGCGGCUAUGAAGCCCUAUUCCACCUGAAGGGCAAUGAUGCUAGGUAUCUCGAACUCCGCACGGAAGAACUCAACAGAUCAAUACGGAGGAAAGGGGGUAUUGAAGUUGGGGUCCACGUCCGACACGGCGACUGCCACCCCAUGGAAUUUCAAUACCAAAAGUCCUACCUGCCUUUAGCAACAUACACCGACGCUGCGUAUGACAUGAUGAUUUCCUUCCACGGUCACAGCGCAACACCCGCUGCGUCAUCUGGCCAGGAAACUUCCAAAAUCUUAAUUGCCUCCGAUGACCCGGACGUCUACUCAGCGGCGGAGAUGUCCGAUGCUGAAAAGGCACAAUCGAUGAUUUCGCUAGUGAGCAAGACCGUACUUGACGCCGCUACAGCUGCGAAAGGCGGGACCGCAGGCAUGAUGGAUGGCAACAUAGGCUGGGAAGGCGGGUUUUUCCCUGACAUGUUCUGGUCUUUGGGGGCGCCGCCGCCUCCGCGGGCGGAAGGGAGCCCUCCUGCUUCGAAGAAUGAACCACACUUGCGCCCACGAAGCAUGGAGGUGACCGACACGGAGUCGUUCCGUUUCCACCCGUCCAAAGAAGCGCUGCGUCUGCGCGAGCUGGUUGGGCGGGCGUAUCUGCUCGACCUAGCUGUGCUGGGGCAAGCGGAUGCUGUUGUUUGUGGUGUUAGUAGCAUUGGGUGUCGGUUGCUAGCUGUUAUGUUGGGAUGGGAUAAGGCUAUUGAGCAAGAGAGGUGGAAGAAUGUCGAUGGGACGUGGCAUUGGAAGGGGAUUAUAUGGUAA